UGUGGAUCACAUUCGAGUUAUAUUUAAAAACUCUACGGUCGAAAAUCGAUUAUGUGUAUUUUAUAAAAUGUGAUUCCCUUCUACCUUUAAGCCCGAUACUCCCGAAUUGCUCUUUCACCAAUAAUCCAUAUAAUUCUCGUUAUAUUCUUACUGCUUUUCGAUUUAAUCAGACGGUGAUAAUCAAAAUGAAACAGUGCGUAAUAGUGUUCACCGUAAUUUUUAUAUCCUGCGGAUUUUCUUCCGCUGAUUUUGAUGAUCAUUUUAAAAAUUGUCAUCCAAACGUCGCAGGCUUCGAUGUUUGUAUAAGAGAAGCAUUAAAUGAAAUACAGCCGUAUUUCAAAACUGGACUUCCUCAAUAUAAUGUCGAAUCAUUCGAUCCAUUUUUUGCGAGAAAGGUUACCGUCGAACGUGGGAUGCCAAAUUUUGGAUUUACUUUGACCCUUAAAAAUGUCACCGAAAGUGGUUGGUCCAAUAGCAAAGUAACCAAAUUCGUCAGCGAUAUACCAAAUUUCAAAGUUGUUUAUUCGCAAAGCUUUCCAGAAAAAUUAUUAUUUGGCGAUUAUGAAUUUUUUGGAAAAUUUUUCGGCUCGUCGAUACGUAACAAUGGAAAAUUUACGCUGACCCUGUACGAUCUCAUCCAAACGACGACAGUUACUAAACUACCGGGUCAGAAGAUUAAGGUUAACAUCAACGUACAGAUCAUACGGGAUUUGAAACUUCACAUCACGAAUCUUUUAUUUGGACGAGAAAUACUUGAGGGCGUACUCGAUAAAAUUAUUAAUGGCACUUGGCAACAAGGAUUUUUACUGACCAGAGGAAUAAUCAAUGAAUUAGUAUCAACCGCUUUUAUUGAGAUUUUUGAUAAAGCAUUUAAAAAUUUCCCUUUUCAACGAAUCAUCAAGCCCAAGCCUAUUCGUUCUGAAUAGAAUGAAAAAAAAAGAAA